AUGGCCAUCUGCGACUUCAAUAUGUUGUUCACAUAUGUCGUCACUGGCUGGGAAGGAUCUGCCCAUGACGCAAGGAUUCUAAAUUCAGUUCUAGAUGAUCCUGAUUCGGGUUUCCCGCAUCCUCCUCCAGGCAAAUAUUACUUAGUAGAUGCGGGUUAUGCGAACAGAGGUGGGUUCCUCACCCCACAUAGACGAGUUCCUUAUCAUGUUCCCGAUGCACAUCGUAACCUUUCUGGACCUAUGGAGUUGUUUAAUUACAGACAUGCAUCGCUUCGGAAUGUUGUGGAGAGGACCUUUGGUGUUUUUAAAAAAAGGUUCCGCAUUCUUGAUGGCAUGAAUAAUUACCCGUUGCAGAAGCAAGCUAACAUUGUUAUGGCAUGUUGUGUAAUUCAUAAUUUUAUGAAAAGGUUCAAUACGAACAACCCUAUCUUCCAAAGGUUUAAUGGGAAUGGAGUUUGUGAGGAAGGAAAUGGGACGGGUUCGAAUCAAUUGACUCAGCGUAAUACAGACGACAUGGGAAGGGUGAGGGAUAGCAUAACUACUGCUCUAUGGGCAGAACAUGAGUCUAGCUCGUAUUGA